AUGUUUUCAAUUAUGGAAAAUCUAGCCUCCACUUGGUGGUUAUUUCUGGCGAUUAUUAUUCUAAUUUAUCUAUAUAUUCGUCGAUCAAAUAAAGCAAAAACACAAGUUCGAAAAACUCGUCGAGGUGUUGAUCGAAGUUUAACAUAUCCUCGUCAAUAUCCAUGUGGUUGGUAUCGUAUUUGUAAUUCUGAAGAUAUACCUAAGCGAGGUCAAGUUAAACAAGGUUUUGCAGUUGGUCGAGAAAUGGUUAUUUUUCGAUCAGAUGAUGAACAUAGUCAAGUUUAUGUUCUAGAAGCAUUUUGUAUGCAUAUGGGUGCUCAUUUAGCUUUUGGCGGACGAGUUUUACCUGGUACAAAUUGUAUACAAUGUCCUUUUCAUUUAUGGGAAUAUAAUGGAAAAGAUGGUCGUUGUAUAAAAAUUCCAUAUAUCGAUGGAAAAAUACCAGAUAAAGCUAAAAUGCAUUCAUAUCCAUGUGUUGAACGUCAUGGAAUGAUUAUGAUUUGGUAUCAUCCUUUAAAUGAAUCACCUCAUUAUGAUGCUAUUUGUAUAGAUGAAUUACUUACUAAUCGUUUUGAAUUUCGUGGUUGUUAUAGUUAUCCAAAUAUUCAAAUGCAUUUACAAGAAUUUGCUGAAAAUGCUGCUGAUGUUCAACAUUUUCAACCAUUACAUGGACAAAUGUUUAUUCCAUGGACAAAAAUUCAUGUACCAUUAAUAUUUGUUCAUCAUACAGCAUCACUAGAAUUUGACACACAAUCUCAUAUUGCUUAUUUUUAUGAUACAGCUAUGUUAAAAAUUUUUGGUAAACAUUAUGAAUCAACAAAAAUUGAUGCAUCAAUAACAUUUUAUGGACCUGGUGGAAUAACAUUAUUUCGUUUUGAUGGAAAUUUUGGACGAAUUUAUUUAUUUCAUACACAUACACCAACGAAUUAUACAGAAUUAGAUGUUGAAUUUCGAGCUUAUGUAGAAAGAAAAAUACCGAGAUUAUUAAGUUGGUAUGUUAUGGGCAAUUGGAUUGCACAAUGGCAAAGAGAUAUUGAUAUUUGGGAAAAUAAAAUACAUAAACGUGCACCAUGUCUUGUGAAAAAUGAUGGUCCUAUUUUAAAAAUGCGUCGUUGGUAUAGUCGAUUUUAUCUUUCGAAAGAAGAUAAAGAUGAUCUUGUCGAUAUAUUAGAUUGGUGA